GGGCCGCCCCCCGGCCAAUGGGCGCGCCCCUCCGCGAAGGUCGGAAGUGGUGAGGCUGCGCUUGGGGGCCGUUGUUCGGCGUGUGAGGGGCUGGCGGAGGGGUCGGUGUCUGAGGCGAAUCGGGCCCGUCGGCAUUCGACGUCUCGUUCCGGUUACAGGAAGAGCUGAAAAUGGCUGAAUUUCCAGACAACCAGGAUACCCGAUUGUGUAACAACUGUAAAAAAGAAAUUCCUGUGUUUAAUUUUACCAUCCAUGAGAUCCACUGUCAAAGGAACAUUGGUGUGUGUCCUGUCUGCACAGAACCCUUUCCCAAAUCGGACAUGGAGACUCACAUGGCUGAAGAACACUGCCAGGUCACCUGCAAGUGUAACAAGAAGUUGGAAAGGAGACUGCUAAAGCAGCAUGAGGAGACUGAGUGCCCCCUGAGGCUUGCCGUCUGCCAGCACUGUGAUUUGGAACUGUGUGUUCUCAAGCUGAAGGAACAUGAAGAGUACUGCGGUGCCCGCACGGAACUGUGUGGCAGUUGUGGGCGUAACGUCCUUGUGAAAGACCUGAAGACGCACCCUGACGUUUGUGGGAGAGAAGGGGAGGAAAAGAGAAAUGAUGUUGCCGUGUCCCCCCAUGCAUACGAUUACGAUGCAGCCUUUGGUCAAGAUGGAAUGUGGGUCGCAUCGCAACUCCUCAGACAGAUUGAAGCCUUAGAGCCGCCCGUGAGAAUCCCCCGGAGGCCCCUGAGAGACUUCGGAUCAGACCUUUUCCAUAAUAGGACUGCCAACCAAAGGAAUGUGUCAACCCAGUUUCCAAUUCAGAAUAAUCUGUUUGAAGAACAGCAACGUCAGGAAAGGAAUAGAAGCCGACAGCCCCUCAAAGAGGUUGGUGAAGACACUGCAAACUUGGACUUCAUGCUGGCCCUAAGUCUGCAGAGUGAAGGCCAGCCCUCCAGCCUGUCAGAGCAGGACUUCUGGAGGGCCAUCUGCGAGACUGACCAGCCUCAUGGUACUGCCCAUUCUCGGAGUGACAUAAAGGGUGCUGCUGAUGAGACCGUGCUGCCUUGUGAGUUCUGCGAGGAGCUCUACCCAGAGGAGCUGCUCCUCGACCAUCAGACAAGUUGUAACCCUUCACGUGCCUUACCAUCACUCAAUGCUGGCAGCUCUUCUCCCAGAGGAAUGGAGGAUUCUGAUGUCAUCUUCCAGAACUUUCUGCAGCAGGCUACAAGUAGCCAGUUGGGCACUUUGAUGGGCCUGAGCAGUUCACACUCUGUGGAGGACAGUGUCAUCAUCCCCUGUGAAUUCUGUGGGGUGCAGCUGGAAGAGGAGGUGCUGUUCCAUCAUCAGGACCAGUGUGACCAGCGUCCAGCCACAGCAAACAACCAUGUGUCAGAGAGGAUGCCCGGACGGAGUUCCCAGCCUCCAGACACCUCCCCAGAGCUGCUGAGGAGGCGUGUCAGACACCAGGGAGACCUGUCAUCCAGCUUUGUGGAGAACAUCAAGCAGGAAGCAGCUAAAGGGCCCACCUACUCUCUGGCCCCGAGCAGACCUCUUAACAACACGACAACUACCUAUAGCCGACUCUCAAAGUUGACAUCCGGCCGUAGACCUGGAUGCCCGGCCAGCCCUUCUCACUUGCCGAGACUCGGCUCAGGCAGCCAGGACACUGGGGGCCAAAAUCAAAAUGGCCGGAAUGGGACUGUAGCUGCUGUGCACGUUCCAGUGAUUCAGCCCAUCAGCAGCCUCUGUCCUGAAACUCUGCUGACCUCCUUGUCCCGUGGGCCCGCAGGGCGACUUGGAACCGGUGCUAAGAGUGAAGGUGGCAGGAGCUCCCGGGCCACUCCUGCAGCUGCCAACUGUCGCAACAGAACUGCGAAGGCAAAGCCCCCGAAGCAGCAGGGUGCUGGGGAUGCAGAGGAGGAAGAAGAGGAGUAGUCUCCAGAGAAGUUGAUGGGCUUCCAACCUGCUGCGCAUGACAGCGCUUGAUGGGGAGCACGGGCUCCAGGGCAGGGCAGUUUCCAGGUUGCAACUUUUUCUAGGUUAUGGCCACUUUGUCUUCUCAGAGUGUGCUCUGAAGUUUGAGGGUUUGGGGGGGCGGGGGUAGUUACAGGGCAGCUUACCGGAAAUGUUUUGACCUUAGCUGUAAAACUUGAGUUAUGGCCUCUUGACUCACUGGGAUUCCAUCUUUGAUAUAACUAUCACCCGUUGGUGCCACAUGGUUGUGGUGGAAGGAAUGGAAGGUUCUAGAAACCUGAUACUCUUGAGUAAAGUGAUUUUCUUCCCUUGGGGGCAUAACUGGCUGUUUUGGAGUAACCUCUGCCCUGCCCCGCCCACUCCUGCUCCAGGCCUCUGCAGGAAGGUGCUCAGGCCAGUGGCAAUACAUGAUACAGCCUUUGGAGGUGAGUUGGGCUGAGCUGCACGCUCUGGGGGCUGUCCCGGGAGCUGCUACCCUGGCAUUUGGCAUCACUGCCUUCCUUUCGGGUGGGGAUCACGAGUCCUUUGUCCUCGCUGCCCUCUCCACAGGGACGUCUGAGCGAGCCCCUUUCCUGGCUCCUGCCACUCCCUGGGCUCGGCCCUAAUUGGGACCAAGGGCCUAGCCCCAUGCUUAUUCUGAAAACCAAGUGUCCGAGAUGCCUCCUCUUCUUUUAAUUUUACUAUUAUAAUUAUUAUCUAUUUCCUUGUAAUAGAAAAUAAAGUUUGUACUUGGACUUUA